AUGGUUGGCAAGAAGGGGGAGCCCAAAAAGGAUGCAGAGGCCAAGGGGAAGGGGGGCAAAGGGAAAGGGAAGGAUGGCAAGAAGGGCAAGAAGGAGGCACCCGGCGAGUCGGAGGAGACCUCGGAUGCGGAGCUGCUGAAGGCGGAGGAGAGCGAGGAGAUGGAGGCGGUGGAGGAGGAGAAGGACGAGGCGGCGGCAGCUGCGGAGGAGCCCAAGAAGGGGAAGGGGAAGGGGAAGAAGGGGGAGGAGGCGGUGGUGCCGAAGGCCCGGGUGAAGCGGAGCCUCCGCAGCACCUCGAAGCUCUUCCUGGGCUUCAAGAAGCUGGGGUUGCAUCGGCCCAAGAAGGGGCAGUUCAAGAACACGUCCCGCUUCUUCUGGGGGCUGCAGAAGAGCAGCACCAAGAAGAGGAAGAAGAAGAAGAACAAGGCGGUGCUCAAGUCCACCUCCAACCUAAUGGUUCGCUUCAAGCGCGUGGGCAAGAAGAGGAAGGAGGCGGCCGGUAGCUCCCCGCCGGCGAAGCCAUCCUUCCUGCUGCUGCGGCGGGGCGGGCAGGCGGCCGAGGACGGCGCGUCCCUCUUCCGCCGGCGCCCGGAAAGGAAAUUCAAGCCGCGGGCGCAGGUGCUGAGCAAGGCGGCCUCUGCCACGGGCUGGCUGGCCAGGAAGGUCCUCUCCCGGCGUGGGCGGCUGGCGGGGGGCGGCCGGGCGGCCGACGCGGCCUGGCUCUCCCGUAUCGGUGCCAGGAAGCUGCCGUUCCCCGCAGAAGACGAGAUCCUCAGGCACCGGGCCAACAUGAAGCGGAUCCCCAGCAGCAGCGGGCUGUUGGCCCACAGCGCCGGGCGGCACGGCAGCGUGGUGCAGCGUCUGUCCCGUCGGGGCUCGCAGCACGCGCCCGCGGAGCCGCCGGUGCCGCGCUAUGGGUGGGCCGAGGAGGAGGACGGAGCCUACAGCCGCCGGCGUGGCUACGGCAAGGAGGAGGAUGGAACCUAUGGCUCCCGCCGUGGCUACGCCAAGGAGGAAGACGGAGCCUACAGCCCCCCACAUGGCUACGCUGAGGAGGAUGAAGCUUACGGCCCCUGGUGUCGCUAUACCGAGGAGGAUGAUGGAGCCUAUGGCCCCCGGCACAGCUACGCUGAGGAGGAGGAAGGCUACAUCCAAACUCCAGUCUACCCAGCGGGGUACGGCUUCGAGGACGCAGCGCUGACCCCCUACGCUGACUACCCCGGCUAUGAGACAGAGGAAGAGUAUGGCUUCUAUGGGGGGUUUUGGGAGGAGGGUGACCCGCCGGGGCACCCCUACGGCUACGCAGAGCUCGAGGAUGAGGGGCCGCUCACCAGCGGGUCCCCCCUUGCCCUCUACGACCCUUACGGCAGCGACCCUGAGUACGGCGAAGAGGCAGUGGGGCCCUUUGGCUACAGCGGGGACCCCUACGAGGACUUAGGGGACCCCCUCGCCGAGAGGUACCUGGGGGGCGAAUACCCUGAGCAUCGCAUCCAGUACAGUGAGGGGGGGUGGGCACCGCAUGCCCAGUCCUCGUGCAACCCCUACGCCCUGGCCCUGGAGGAGAUUGCCGAGGCUGAGGAGCCCGAGGAGUGGGAGGAAGAGGAGGAAGAGGACAAGGAGUACCCCUUCUCCAUCCUCAGCGCCUCCUCGCUCCGGGGCAUGCGGGAGACGCUCUCCUCCAAGCUCUCCCUCAAUAGGAAAUUCAGGCUCUUCCCCCGGCCCCAGGUCAAGCUUUUCGGCAGGGACCGCCUGGACGUCCCCCUCUUGCCGUCCCCCCACCUGCCCGCUGCCCGUGACGAGGACGACUACGACGAGUACGAGCCACCGCCGGCAGCCCCCAGCCCCGCAGCAUCCCCGGGACACCGGGUUUCGGCAGCGCGGGCGUGUGGGAGCCCUUUGGGGCAGUUCCUCCAGCGCUCCCUCUCGCAGCCCCCCAGCCGCCCGCCACAGGGUGCGGGGGGAUUUCGGGACCCCUGCACCCCCCAGCCUUCAUACAGGCGCUCCGGCCGCAGGCUGGCAGGGAUGGAGACCACCGGCUCGGGGGCCCGGGACCCUCCACCCCGAGCAUCUCCAGCCAGGGACCCUUCCGCACUGGGAGGGCCCUGGGGGCAGCCCCCUUCCCGAGAUCUGGGGGCUGCACGGCGGCCGUCGCUCCGUAACCCCUUUGCCAACCCUGGGCGCUCCCCAUCGCCGCCGCCAGCCCAGCAGCGCCCCGGCAGCACGCGGGGCGAGGGGCCACGACGAUCCCCCUCCCUCAGGGCCAGCCUCCGGCGGUUCGGCCCUGAGCCCCCUGCCCCUCUGCUGGCUGCCCCCCACUCGCCGGGACCAGUGGGGAGCUGUUUGGGGGUGCCCACGGUGGGGUCAGGGAGACCCUUGUCCCCGCGACCGUCGCGGCGGAGCAGCCCCCCUGGGCUACCGCUCCCCCAGGCUUGGCCCCGGCUUCCCGAGCCCCCCACCAAGGCUGUGAAGCCGCUGCAGAGGACCCCCUUCCUGGCACUGACCCCCCACCCUGGCAGCCGCCGUCUUGGCCCCCCUGGCCCCUCCUGGGACGAGGAGCUGCCCCCCUGGCAGGGUGCCAUGCGGGGUCUUGCCGGGGUGCCCCCCCCACCCAGCUCUGCUCCCGGCACCCCCAAAACCUUCAUCCAGCGCAUCGGGCAACCCCUUGCCGGGAUGGCCCCCCGUUCCCCCCCAGCGAGGCCGUCUCCGGCUGAAGCGAGGGGCCGCAGCCCCUCCCCAGGGCGCUCUGUGGGUCAGUCGCUGGCAUCACUGCUCAUGGGGAGCAUGGCCCGCUCCGAAACACCCCCAUCCCCACCUCCCACCCGCCAUCCCUCCUCCCGCUCGCCCUCCUCUGCCCGGCCCCCAUCCCGGCGCGACGGGAGCGCCCGCAGAUCGCCGAGCCCACCGGCAGGGCGCCGGGGUUGGACCGACGCCGGGCGCCCCAAACUCCCUUCCAACCCACGAGACAACCGGAGCCCCUCACCGCAGCGUCGUGCCGCUUUCCCGGCACCCCACCGCGGUCGAAGCCCCGGUUCGCCUGUAGCCCCCCGCCACAACACUCGUGCCCCAGGGCCGGCGGAGACUGUCGAGGGCGAUGGGGGGGCCGGGGAGGAGGGCGCAGGACGCUACGCGGUGGUGACGCCGCAGGUGCAGAGGUUGGGUUCCUUCCGACGGGCAUCCCGCAUGUACAAGCAGCACUGGUCCACGCAACACGUCGUGCGGGUGCGGGAGAUGCCCGACGCCUGGACGGCCGAGCAGGGUCUUCCCCGGCAGCCCACCCAACGCGGCCGGCGGUGGGCGAGUCAACGGGGAGCCGACAUCGCCCGAUAUCUCAGCCGGCGUUCGCCGGCGGGCGGCUGGCGGGACAGGCACCCCUGGGCGGACGGGUACCUGGGCACCAAGCAGCCCUGGCGCAGCAAGAUGCAGUCGCUGUGCAGCCUGCCCAUUGUGCGGUACCAGGAGCCGCAGGAGGAGGACGGGCUGGAGGACAUGACCCAGCUGGAGGACCUCCAGGAGGCCGCGGUGCUGAGCAACAUCCGGACGCGGUUCGAGCGCCAGCUCAUCUACACCUACAUCGGCAGCAUCCUGGUGUCGGUGAACCCGUACCGGCUCUACAACAUCUACGGGACGGAGCAGGUGCUGCAGUACGAAGGCAGAGCCCUGGGCGAGAACCCACCGCACCUCUUUGCCAUCGCGAACGUCGCCUACUCCAAAGUGAUGGAUGCCAAACACAACCAGUGUAUCAUCAUCAGUGGGGAGAGCGGCUCGGGGAAGACCGAAGCCACCAAGCUGAUCCUGCGCUACCUGGCAGCCGUCAGCCAGAAACGCAGCAGUGCCCCGCAGAUAGAGAUCCUGGAGGCGACCCCCUUGCUGGAAUCCUUCGGCAACGCCAAAACCGUGAGGAACGACAAUUCCAGCAGGUUUGGGAAAUUUGUGGAAAUCUUUCUGGAGGACGGCUUGAUCUGCGGUGCCAUAACCUCGCAGUACCUGCUGGAGAAGUCCCGUGUCGUCUUCCAGGCCAAGAGCGAGCGCAACUAUCACAUCUUCUAUGAGAUGCUGGCAGGGCUGCCCGCCCAGCAGCGGCAGCGGUACUGCCUGCAGGGCGCCGAGACCUACUACUACCUGAACCAGGGUGGGAACUGCGAGAUCCCCGGCAAGGACGACGCGGAGGAUUUCCGUCGGCUGCUCAACACCAUGGAGGUGCUGAGCUUCAGCAUGGAGGAGCAGAACAGCAUCUUCCGCAUCCUCUCCUCCGUCCUCCACCUGGGCAACGUCUACUUUGAAAAAUACGAGACCGACUGCCAGGAGGUCGCCACGGUGGUGAGCGCCACGGAGAUCCGGACGGUGGCUGAGCUGCUGCAGGUCUCCCCUGAGGGCCUGCAGAAAGCCAUCACCUUCAAGGUGACGGAAACGCUGCGGGAGAAGAUUUUUACCCCUCUGACUGUCGAAAGCGCCGUGGAUGCCAGGGAUGCCAUUGCCAAGACCCUCUACUCCCUGCUCUUUGGCUGGCUAACGGACCGCAUCAACAAGCUGGUGUACCCACGGCAGGAGGCCCUCUCCAUCGCCAUCCUGGACAUCUAUGGCUUUGAGGACCUUAACUUCAAUAGCUUUGAGCAACUAUGCAUCAACUAUGCCAACGAGUACCUGCAGUUCUUCUUCAACAAGAUCGUCUUCCAGGAGGAGCAGGAGGAGUACCUCCGGGAGCAGAUCGAGUGGAAGGAGAUCCCCUUCAGCGACAACCAGCCCUGCAUUGACCUCAUCUCCCAGAAACCCUAUGGCAUCCUCCGCAUCCUCGAUGACCAGAGCUGCUUCCCCCAGGCCACUGACCACACGUUCCUCCAGAAGUGUCACUACCACCACGGGACAAACCCACUGUACACCAAGCCGAAGAUGCCACUGCCUGAGUUCACCAUCAAGCACUAUGCGGGGAAGGUGACCUACCAGGUUCACAAGUUUUUGGAUAAAAACUACGACCAGGUCCGUCAGGACGUGCUGGACCUGUUCAUCAGUAGCAGGACCAAGGUGGUGGCCAAUCUCUUCUUCGGCCAUGCCCAGGUGAUGGCACGGCAGAGGAGCCUGGUUAAGAGGAGCAGCACCAGGACGCGGCGGUACAAGGCACCCACCGUGGCUGCCCGGUUCCAGCAGUCGCUCCUGGACCUGGUGGAAAAGAUGGAGAGGUGCAACCCCUUCUUCGUGCGCUGUCUCAAACCCAACAACAAAAAGGAGCCGGGGCUCUUCGAGGCCGACGUGGUCAGCAGCCAGCUGCGGUACUCGGGGAUCCUGGAGACCAUCCGCAUCCGCAAGGAGGGCUUCCCCAUCCGCAUCCCCUUCCUUGUCUUCAUUGACAGGUACCGCUGCCUUGUCGACAUGUGGUCCAACGUCAUUCCCAAUGGGACCAACUGUGUGGAGAUGCUGAGGAACCUCUGCCCCGUCAGCCCCAGCAUGUACUACGUUGGCGUCAGCAAGCUCUUCCUGAAGGAGCAACUGUACCAGGCGCUGGAGAGCAAGCGAGCCCGUGCCCAUCACCUGGCUGCGCUCACUCUCCAGCGCUAUGCUCGCACCUUCUUCAUCAAGAGGCGCUUUCGCUCCCUCCGCCGAAAGAUCGUCCUCCUGCAGAGCCGGGCGCGGGGUUACCUGGCCAGGCAGCGGUACCGGCGCAUGCGGCACACGCUCAUCAAGUUCAGGUCGCUGGUGCACAUCUACGUGAACCGCCGGCGGUACCUCAAGAGGAAGGAGGAUGCCCGCCGGCGCGCGGCGGAGGAGAAGGAGAGGAUGAAGCAGGAGCUGACGAGGAGGGAGGUGGUGGACGUCACCCACCUGGAGAUCCCGGCCGAGCUGAUGGGGCUGCUGGAGGCUGCCGCAGCCGCCCGGGAGGUGAACGCCGGCUGUGUGGUCCUGGUGCCACCGCCGGCACUGCAGCCCGACUCCCAGCUCACCCUCCCGCUCGACAUCAAUGACUACCCCAUGGCCAAGUACGUGCGGGGCCAUUUCCAGGAACCGGCAUUCGGGAUGCUGACGGCCCCGCUGGCAGCCCCCCUCACCCGGCUGGAUGAGGAGCUGUGCCACGAGGCGCUUAGCCUCUUCCAGCUGAUCCUGCGGUUCAUGGGGGACCCGGGGCUGGGCGGCCCACAGGAGACCCUCUUCGGCAACUACAUCGUGCAGAAGGGGCUGUCGGCGCCAGGGCUGCGGGAUGAGCUCCUGGCGCAAGCCGCCAACCAGGUCUGGCGUAACACCAACGUCAACAAUGAGGAGCGGGGCUGGCUGCUGCUGGCUGCCUGCCUCAGCGCUUUCCCCCCCUCCACCGCCUUCGACAAGUACCUGCUCAAGUUUGUCUCCGACUAUGCCUUUGCCGGCUACAAGCCGGUGUGCCAGCGCAAGCUGAUGCACGCCAUGGCACAGUCGCGGCUGGGCGCCGCGGCCGCCCGCGCCUACCCACCCUCGUUGCUGGAGUGGACGGCGAACCGGCAGCAAGCCAGCAUGGCUCUCGACCUCUACUGCUUCAACGGUGACCAGUUCUCCUGCCCCAUCCACUCCUGGAGCACGGGCGAAGACCUGGCAGGGGAUGUCCUGAAGUACAGGGGACUGGCAGAGGGCUGGCGUGGCUGGUCCGUGGCCAUGAAGGCAGGUGCCCAGUGGGCCGAGCUGGCUGGCCAUGACUAUGUCCUGGACCUCGUCUCCGACCUUGAGCUGCUCCAGGGCUUCCCCAAACAGAAGUCCUGCUUCCUCGUCGCAUGGGAGGGGGCUGAGAGCCACGGCAGGGACAGCCAGGCGGUGCUGGGACACGGCUUGGAUUUGGAUGAAGUGCCUCCUCCCCCAGCCGUGAAAGCUCCCACACUGCCAUCCACAGAGGUGUACCACCCCCAUGCAGAUGGGGAAUUUGGGGAGCCGCGCAGCCAGAAGGGUCUGGACCGCUACCUGGACAGCCUCUUCGACCCCGUGCUCUCCUACGGCAAUGGGGAGCUGGAGAAGCCGGCCGCCAUCUCACAGAGGAUGAAGGGAGGAGGUGGUGUGGGAGGGGGGGACGGCGGCGGUGAUGCCGAGCGGACCGGACCCCCUGUGCCUGCAGAGAUGCGUCAGCCAAGGGGCACGGAGCCAGCUCCAUCCCCGCAGUGCCGUGCAGAUGCCAACCAGCCGCCUGGGCCCCCGGGCAGAGCAGCGGAGGGGACGCCAGCCCGUGCCCCCCAGCCCCGGCCCUACGUGCAGAAAGCCGCACCUGUGGGUCGGCGGUGGCCGGGCGAGGUGGUACGGCAUUCCCGGCUCAACUCAGAGCAAUUCCCACGGCCCACGCACGACAUCCGCAAUAUCAUCCGGCAGUGCCAGCCGGCCCCACGCGGCUCCCAGCCCCCCAGCAAGCUCUUUGGGAAGAAGCUGGACCCCCAUGAAGAAGCCAUGCAGAUCCUGAAGGAGCAGCUCUCGGCAGCCCAGGUGCCGGCGGCUGUGGGGCCCAAGGAGACGGUGGCUGCGGUGAAGCCGGUCACCAGCGGCAAGUACCAGCUGCAAACGCCGAUGGGGCGUCCGGCGGCCACUCGGCCCCCAGUCUCUGUCUCACGGGAGCUCCCGUCCGAGGGGCAGCAGGUCCAGACCCAGCUGCACCGGAGCUGCAGUGAGGACUUCUACACCUACCACAACGUGCCCUGGAAGAUAUACAUCCGCAAGGAGGUUUUCUACCCCAAGGACAGCAUCAACAACCCACUGCUGCUCGACCUCAUCUUCAGGCAGAUCUUCAACGACACGCUUUCCGACACUUGCAUCCGGAUCAGCCAGGAGGAGCGGCUCCACUUGAAAUCCCUCUUUGCGGCAAACAAGCUGGACUCCUUCAGCCCUGUGGCCACCGAAAGCGUCAAGAGGGAGAUCAUUGCUGCGGCCCGGGACAACUGCGAGGUGUAUUUCUCACGUCUCUUCCCCGCCACGGGCAGCGUGGGGACGGGCGUGCAGAUCCUGGCUGUGUCCCAUGCCGGCAUCAAGCUGCUGCGGCUGGUGAAGGGCACCAACGUCCCCGGGGAGCAGCUGCGGGUGCUGCGGGCGUAUAGCUACGCCGACGUGCUGUUCGUGACCACCCCAUCCAGAAACAUGCUGGAGUUCAACCUGCGCAGCGAGAAGCUCAUCCUUUUCUCCCCCAAAGCCCCCCAGGUCAAGGCCAUGGUCGACCACUUCAUCACGGAGCUCAGGAAGGACUCCCAGUACGUGGUGGCCGUGAGGAACUACAGCCCAGAGGACGGGGACCAGCUCAGCUUCCACAAAGGGGACAUCAUCCACCUGCAGCCGCUGGAGUGCCCCGAGAGAGACCACUACUAUGGCUGCGUGGUCCGCAAGAAGGUGAUGUACCUGGAGGAGCUGAAGACGGGCACCCAGGAUUUUGGGUGGAAGUUCGGGGCCAUCCACGGCAGGUCGGGGCUCUUCCCCGCCGAGUAUGUCCAGCCUGUCGCGGCCCCCGACUUCGUCCAUUUGCCAGCGGAGAAGAAAGAGGAGCCCAGAGACAAGCAGGGCAAGGUGGCAGCUUCGGCGGCCGUGGCCGUGGCCGUGGCUUCCACCGCCGUGGCCCAGGAGUUGGACCGGAAAACUGAGGUGUCCCCUGCCAGCACUGCCUUUGCGGAGGGUCCAGAAGGAGACAGCAGCGAGCAGCUCAUGGCCGGUGCCGGGACCUGUCCCAUUUUGGCCUUUGCCCGGCGGUAUUUCCGUGCCGCGCGGCACGGGACCACGGACUCCUGCGGGACGAAGGCCAAGAACGUGCUGGAGAUGCUGACGUUCACCAAGACCCCUAUCCAGGAGUCGCUCAUUGAAUUCGUGGAUGGUGGCAUCAGCAAACUGGCCGCCGAGGCUUUCCAAGCCGUGAUGAAGUUCAUGGGUGACCACCCUCUGCGGGGGCAGACGGAGCUGGAUGCUGUCUGCACCAUCCUCAAGCUGUGCGCAGAGCACGAGGUCCUGCGGGACGAGGUAUACUGCCAGAUCAUCAAGCAGGUCACCAACAACACCAGCUCCAAGCCGGACAGCUGCCAGAAGGGCUGGAGGCUGCUCUACAUCCUCGCCGCCUACUACAAGUGCUCUGAGGUGCUCAGGCCCUUCCUCCUGGCAUUCCUGCAGGAUGCCAGCAGGCACCCGGAGCUGCCUUGCCAAGGCAUCGCCAAAGCCUGCGAGCAAAACCUGCGGAAAACCCUGCAGUUUGGCGGUCGCAGCCUCUUCCCCAGCAGCACGGAGCUCAGGGCCAUGGUGGCUGGACGCAGCGCCAAGCGCCAGCUCUUCCUCCUGCCCGGCGGCAUCGAGAAGCACCUCAAGAUUAAGACAUGCUCGGUGGCCCUGGAUGUGAUCGAGGAGCUGUGCUGUGAGAUGGGGCUGCAGCACCCAGAGGCUUUUGACGAGUACAUCCUCUUCGUGGUGACCGACAGAGGGCAGAGCGUGCGGCCGCUGACCCGCCGGGAAUACGUCCUGGAUGUGGCUGCCGAGACGGAGCACCGGGAUGCCAGCUACACCUUCUGGUGCCGCCGCGUGGUCUGGAGCCAGCCCCUCAAAUUCGACAAUGAGCUCUACAUCACCGUCCACUACAACCAGGUGCUCCCCGACUACCUCAAAGGGCUGUUCACUGUCCUGCCACCCGCGAGGCCGGGAGAGCAGCACUUCCCACACGUGGCCAAGCUGGCCGCCCUCCAGCACCGAGCCAAGGACCGCCAUCACCUCCCCACCGCGCGGGAGGUGCAGGACUACGUCCCCCCGCAGCUUUUCCGCCUGCUGAAGGCCCAAUCCUGGCUCCACAUGGUGACCCAGCACAUGCAGCAAGCCCAGGCGCUCAGCGCCCACCAGGCCAGGGCACAGUUCCUGGGGCUGCUGAGCGCCUACCCCAUGUUUGGCUCGUCCUUCUUCUACAUCCAGAGCUGCAGCAACAACGCCAUCGUCUCGCCCUGCAUCCUGGCCGUCAACCAGAACGGCCUCAACUUCCUCAGCAAGGAGACCCACGAACCGGUGGCCAAGUUCUCGUUGAAGGAGAUCCAGUCGACGCGGACGCAGCGGCCGACGGCCGGAUCCAGUUAUCCCUACGUGGAGAUCACGCUGGGCGACCUCCUGGCCCAGGGCAUCACCCAGCUGCAGCUGGAGCAGCCGCUGCGGAACAAGUAUUUUUUCGGGGAGGGCUAUACCUACGGGUCUCAGCUGCAGAGACGAGGCCCCGGCCAGGAGCGCCUGUACCCGCGGGGGGCGGGGGACGGCAUUCCCGAGUGGGUGCACGACCUGGUGAUCAGGAAGCUGGUGGAGCACCGGGUGAUUCCCGAGGGCUUUGUGAACAGUGCCGUCAUCAACGACUACCAGCCGGGGGGCUGCAUUGUCUCCCAUGUGGACCCCAUCCAUAUCUUCGAGAGGCCCAUCGUCUCCGUCUCCUUCUUCAGCGACUCGGCGCUCUGCUUCGGGUGUAAAUUCCAGUUCAAACCCAUCAGGGUCUCGGAGCCCGUUCUCUUCCUGCCCGUGAAGAGGGGAAGCGUCACGGUGCUCAGUGGAUAUGCAGCCGAUGAAAUUACACACUGUAUUCGACCACAGGACAUUAAGGAAAGAAGAGCUGUCAUCAUCCUUCGAAAAACAAGACUAGAUGCACCUCGAUUGGAAACAAAAUCCCUGAGUAGCUCUGUGUUGCCACCAGGUUAUAACUCUGACCGUCUAUCGGGAAGCAACCGGGACCAGAUCCUGAAACCAAAGCGGUCCCAUCGCAAAGCAGAUCCUGAUGCUGCUCACAGGCCACGGAUUCUAGAAAUGGAUAAAGAGGAGAACAGGCGCUCAGUCCUCUUACCAAAACAUAGGAGACGGAGCAACUUCAGCUCUGAGAACUAUUGGCGAAGGUCUUACGAGUAUACGGAGGACUGUGACGAGGAAGAGGAGGACGGCAGCCCAGCCAGGAAAGUUAAAAUGAGGCGACACUGAGGAUUGCACUUUCCAGGCUUGUGGAGCUGAUGAGAUUGGCCUCCAGUCUGUGAAAACUUUCUCCUCCCUCUGGCUAUCUUCCAUCUAGCUUCAGUUUUGGUUUUUCCUUUCAGGCUGAAGAGUAAACAGGAAGGAUCUAGGCGAUUUGUUUUUAUGAAUGGAGGAAUGCUGAGACAUACAUAAGGAUGGAACAUGUCCAGUGCACAUGGUGUCCUGAGUCAUGGGUCAAAUGGGCAUCUCUCCCUUAGGAAGCAGAUAAAGUUAUGCCAGGCUGUCUGUUGGGAUUUCUUUUGAAAACACCAAAAAGUUUAACUGUUUCAUUGCGCAAGAUUCAAGAGUUGUAUUUUUGUUUUUUUGCUUUAACUUUGUUCCUUUUCAUGUGUUCUAAAUAUGAUGUUUGACCCCAGGAGCUGAAACUCUCUGUGGUGGCCUCGUAUUCCUUGCUUCACCAAAGGGCUCCUUGGUCUGCUCUUACCUAGUUGUUGUUGGGUUGUGUUUUAAGGGUGCCCUGCAGUAACUGGAAGUUUGAAGCUUUGCAGACCCCUCUUACUGCAAUUGAUUUCAAAGAGUUUAGGACAUUUUUGUUGCACUUUAGUACCAGUUUUAAAUGCUGUAGGUUUCCUUUCCAGUCCCUUUUCACAAGUCAGUGUGGGCUCACCGCCUUGUGUCCCUGCACUGCCCUCUCCGAGAAGAAUGUACUUGAGCUCUGGUUUCUCAGUGCUGGUCUGACCAGGGGUGUAUUUUGGUUGAGGAGGAAGGAGAUGUGGCUGGCUUCAUUUGAGGCUGGCCCAGCAUUGA